AUGAGCGUCAAAACUGUUGAGUUCAAGCCCUUUACUGAUCAGAAACCUGGAACCUCAGGUCUUCGAAAAAAGGUCAAGGUUUUCCAAAAACCUCACUAUAGCGAGUCCUUUAUCGCUAGCAUCCUCCUCUCUAUCCCCGAAGGCGUCGAGGGUUCAUUCCUGGUUAUCGGAGGUGAUGGCAGAUUCUGGAAUCCCGAGGUUAUCCAGCUAAUUGCGAAGAUCGGCGCCGGAUACGGGGUUAAGAAGUUAUUAAUCGGCCAGAACGGCAUUUUGUCUACUCCAGCUGCUAGUCAUGUUAUUCGAAAGCGAAAGGCUACGGGAGGCAUUCUCUUGACUGCCAGUCACAACCCCGGUGGUCCCGACCAAGACUUCGGCAUCAAGUACAACCUGUCCAAUGGCGGUCCUGCCCCGGAAAGUGUAACGAACAAGAUUUUCGAAGCCUCAAAAACCCUCACUUCCUACAAGGUUGCCGAUAUCCCCGACGUAGAUAUAACUACAAUUGGGACUAAGACCUACGGUAGCCUAGAAAUCGAAAUCAUCGACAGCACAGCAGACUAUGUCCAGAUGCUCAAGGACAUCUUUGACUUCCCCCUAAUCAAAAAGUUCUUCACCGAAAAUCCCGACUUUAAGGUUCUCUUUGAUGGUCUACACGGAGUUACAGGACCAUAUGGAAAAGCAAUCUUUGAGCAGGAGUUAGGACUCUCCGACUCUACCCAAAACUGUGUUCCCAAACCUGAUUUCAACGGUGGACACCCAGACCCCAACCUCACCUAUGCUCAUUCUCUAGUGGAAGUUGUCGAUAAGAACUCUAUCCCCUUCGGCGCAGCAUCUGACGGUGAUGGUGACCGAAACAUGAUCUAUGGUGCCGGAGCGUUCGUAUCGCCCGGUGAUAGUCUGGCAAUCAUAGCCCACCAUGCACAACUCAUCCCCUACUUUAAGAAACAAGGUGUGUAUGGACUAGCCCGCAGUAUGCCAACGUCCGGGGCUGUCGAUCUUGUUGCCAAAGCCCAAGGUCUAAACUCCUACGAGGUACCCACAGGUUGGAAAUUCUUCUGUGCCCUUUUUGACGCAAAGAAGUUAAGCAUCUGUGGCGAGGAGAGCUUUGGUACAGGUAGCAACCAUGUUCGUGAGAAGGAUGGACUAUGGGCUGUCGUAGCAUGGCUUAACAUUAUUGCCGGUUUAGGGGAGGCCCACCCCGAGACUAAGCCAAGCAUCAAACAGAUUCAGCAGGACUUCUGGAAGACAUAUGGCCGGGUGUUCUUUACCCGUUACGACUACGAGAACGUUGAUUCUGACGGCGCAAACAAGGUUGUCAAAACACUACAAGACCUUGUCGCCGAUCCUAACUUUAAGGGAAGCAAGAUAGGAGAACGCACGGUAACUGACGCUGGUAACUUCUCCUAUACUGACCUGGACGGUUCCGUCGCUUCAAACCAGGGUCUUUACGCCCGCUUCGAUAGCGGCAGUCGGAUUGUUGUGAGACUUUCAGGGACUGGAUCAUCCGGUGCGACCAUCCGUCUAUAUAUCGAGAAGUAUAGCAACGACGCCUCAACUUAUAGUCAAGACGCCCAGGACUUCCUCAAGGAUGAAAUCAAAUUUGCCACAGAUCUGUUGAAAUUCAAGGAGUACGUGGGACGUGACGAGCCGGAUGUGAAGACAUAG